CCACUACAACCUUUAUUUUCCCCUGUGUUCCCGCCAUGCCCCGCUACCCACGGCUGUUUGUCAAUGGUGAAGGCAAGCCGCUCUCCUUCCUCAUCACUGGCUGUGUGAAUCCCCGCAAACUGACCAGCUUAAUCAAGGAGCCAAUUUGUUGAUGUUGGAGGUAUCAUCUGCAUAGCUCGCUUCCAUGACGUCACAGCCAGGAUUUCCGUGGCGCAUAAAUUAUGAGGUCGUGCGACGGUGAAGAGGGCGGCGGAGAGAAGCAACGUGGGGAUAACGGGCGUAAGUAUUGGUGGGUUAGGUGAACUGAGGCCAGUACUGCAGAGAACACGUCACCUCUAACUAGUCAAGGAGGAAGGGGGCCGGGUGGUGACAAAGGAAGGGCCUCACACUGUUGUCCUGGUGCAGUACUCCUCCCUCAUUGACUGCACACCACUGCCAAACACCAACGCGUUCCUUACCUCCUUCAUCACCGAUUCUGUCAGGCUGGGACGACUCCUGCCCCUCAAGAACUACUGGGCAAGGAAGGCCAGUGACUUCAGUGACUUCUUUGACCCUCAUGAUGUUAUGAUUGGCGUGUUCUCCUGGGAUACUUGUCGCAGGCUACCACACCCACACCCAGAGGAGAGGCAGGAGUCAGCAGCACUACCACCAGCAUCAGCAUCAUCAGCCUCAGCCACAAACACACUGCAGAAGAGCUCCUUGAAAGACUGCUAUGUCAGACUAGUGAGGAUUGAUAUCCAGGCCGCCCGUCACACAGCCAUGACAGACCAGGCUGACAAGGAGGCUCAGCAGACUUCCCCCUCUGACAACACCCCAGACAGCCCCACACAGCACCAGGCGACCCCAGAACAGUAUGAGGUAGAGCGUUCACCACUCAAGAGGAGAACGCGGCGAGGAAGACCAAGAAAAGCUUGUCUUGAUACAUCUGUUGAGUCCGGUGCCUUCAACCAAGAGGCCAAGCAGAGGCGCAGGAACACCAGGCAUGUGAAGAAGAGGAGGAAGAGUUUGGAGGUUGAGGUGGAGGAAGAGGAAGAGGAUGAACCUCUACAGAGAAAAAUAAGGCCGGUAUUUCCCAGUCAUAUAUCUAAGAGACAGCCGCGGGGAAGGAGGGGUGGCAGGGCGUGCCGUGGAAUUGCCAACUUCAAUGAAAGAAUGAAAGACGGCGUGUGUCGAGGUGUCAUGUCUUCCGAUGAUGAAGACGAGGCAGAAAACAAGUCAAAUGCCGGCCACUCGUCUGGCGAGGAGAGCCACCGCUCCGAGUGUCUCUUCUCCAUGACCAACACCACACCAGAGAAGGAACACAACACCAACAGCCGCAUGAGUGAGAGGCAGGAAACCACACACUCAAGCCACCCAGACCAGCCCACACAACAAGAACAAGCAGACUGGGACACAGCAAAAAGGCAGCCACAGACCCACACACCAAGAGGAAAGGGAAGACAGCCAGACAUAUACACCCCAUCACCAGAAGACUCAGAGGACACCACAACACUGAAGCAGGCAGAUAAGGACACCACAUUUCAAAGACACAGAGAAAUGAACAUAUCGGGACAUUUAGAGGACACAAGGAGGAGGGAAGGCAAGGAGACCACACCUAAGCCCCAGCAAGCCAGCACAUUAACAGGCAAGCCAAGCCAGCCAAGCCACCUCUCCAGACAAGAUAGUUACUGCCAGGCCAGCGCUCAGAAGUGUCCCUUGUUCGUCUCUCCUCCUUUAUCUGGCCAUUCUGUACGCUCUGAAAAGAAGGAGCCAUACAGUGUGCAUGAGGACGUGGACAUUGUGGUGUACAUUGAUGCGUUUGAGGAGUACCAUCGUCUGGGUGGGCGGGAGAUGUGGCAGGAGAUGGAGCACUACUUCAACCACAGACGCACCUGGCAGAGUCUGAAGGAAAGGUUUCGGAAGAGGAUAGCGCCCAACCUCUGUGUGUAUGUCAAGCUUGGCCUCAGCAGGAAGGUGGUUGACAGGAUGAAACACAACAUUGCUAUCGAGUAUGAGACAGGAAGGAGGCAGAGGAAGUCCCGCAAGCCCUUCACUGUGGAGGAGGACCGAGGAAUCCUUCACUUCAUCUCCUCCAACCAUCGCUUUCGGGAAGUUGGCGGGGUGAUAAUGUGGAAGGAGAUGGCCAGCAGUUGUUGUGAGCUGGACAACCACACCUGGCACAGUUUGAAGCAGAGGUUCCACAAGCAGAUUCUCCCCAACCUCCGCAAGUACAAGCUCUCCAGAAACACUGUGCUGCAGCUACAGAGCAAAAAACGAAUCCCCAAGCUGGACAGAGUGUCGGCAUCGGAGAGUGACUCAUCGCCCGACUACAUCAGGAAACGCAAGGGUUCGGCCACACCACAGCAGGAGGCAGCCACCAAGAGGAGAGCCAAGCAUAGGGACACCACCGACCUGGACUCUGAUUCAAGCUAUCCAGAGGUGCUUAGUCGCCCUAGACACACUUAUAAGUCGGGGAAGGAGUUGAAAGGGCGUUUGACUCAGGGAAAUAGGGUUUCUGUUCCCUGCACUUAUAAAUCCAAAAGGAAGUCCAGAAAAGUGAGAGAUGAAGAGAAAAGUGACACAAAUUUUCCUCCUUUGGUUUAUAGAUCCAAAAGUAAAUUAAGAAAAGUGAGAGAUAAGGAGGAAAGUGACACAGAUUCGCUUCCUCUCUCUUACAGAUCGAGAAGUAAGUCAGAACAAGUGAGAGAUGAGGAUGAAAGAGAAACAGAUGUCUUUAUUCCUAACACUCACUUGUUAGAGAGGUCAGGAAGAGUGAGAGGUGAAGGGGAGAGUGAGGGUGGCAAUGAUUCACCUCACAAAUCAAGGAAGAAGGAGAGAAGAGGGAGAGUAAGGGAAGAAUGUGAAGAAGAAAGUGACAAUGGUUCCAUUUCUCACACUCACAAGUCAAGGAAGGAGAAAAGAGAAAGAUUAAGAGAUGAAAGUGAAGGAGAAAGUGAUGAUGAGGCCAUUCUUUCCACUUACAAAUCCAAGAAGAAAGAGAAAGAGAGACAAAGAGAUGAUAGCGAAGAAGAAAACGAUCGCUUCAAUCCUCACACUCUUAGGUUUAAGAAGAAGAGAAAAAGAAGAAGCGCUGAAAAUGAAGAUGUAGAUGACCCCAAUCCUUACACUCACAAGUCAAAGAAGGAGAGAAGACAAAGAAUAAGCGAUAAAACUGAAGAAGAAAGCGACGAUGAUGAAGAUUAUGUAGACAACUCCAUGUCUCGCACUGGGUCAAAGAAAUCAAGGCGAGGGAGAGGAAGGGAUGAGAGUGAGGAGGGUAGUGAAGAUUCAGACCAUCCCUACUCUCUAGUCUACCCUCACCUCAAGAAAGGCAGGGGCAGGAGGCAACUGCUGGAGGUUGAGCACACAAUGGAGAUGUUUGAGCACACCAGGAAGCCACAGGAGAGGACAGAGAGAACAGAAAAUACCCCUAAAUCUAACCAGCGGAGUAUUAAAGAGUUCUUGAAGGCGGGAAGGAAAGGGACAUCUCACUCUAACAGCCUCACCAGAAGACACAGAGGCAGGGAGGAGGAGGAUGAGGAGGAGGAGGAGAUGGAUGAUGAUGAGGAGGAAGUGGAGGAGGCAGAAGAAGUAGAAGUGUUAGAAGAUGAAGUUGUUGCUCGUUUUCUAACACACCAAGAGUACAACAAACAUGAGAACAACACCACUAGCAACACCACCAAACACUGUAGCUUCUUAAAGAGUAUUAGAAAGCCUCUGUACUCCCAAGACUUCACUGCGGACAUCUCCCCCAAGACACCCUUCAGGAACAACACUCUACACAGCAGGAGACGCCUCACUAGGAAGGAACCAGAGGAGACUUCAGCCAUCGACACUGAGACAGAAGGGAAGGUAGACACAGUGGAGGACGAUGAUGGGGACAGCGUUCACUCCUUAACCCUCGACAUCAUGCCAGAUGUUAAGAAAAGGGUACAGGAGAGAAGGGAGAAGGCAAAUGUGUGUGAAAAAGACAUGAUGGAGGUUUUGGAGGAUGUACCAGAGAAGGAGGAGGAGGAGGAGGAGGAGGAGGACAUGCUGUCUUUAUCUCUUGACUUCAGUGUGGAGAGAAAUAAGUGCAGCCAGAGGAAGGUAACACAGGAGAGGGAAAAGAAGGAGGAUAUACCACAGGAGGUGAUAGAGGAAGAGGAGGAGGAUGUGUCAGUGGUAGAGGAAGAAGAGUUGGAGAAGGAAGAUGACAUGCCAGACAGAGUAAUAGAAGAACAUGAAGAGGAGGAGGAGGUGGAGGAAGUUAGUAUUGCAGAGGUGAUAGAGAAAGAUGAAGAAGAGGAGGAGGUGGAGGAGGAGAUACCACAGGAGGAAGUAGUGGAACAUGAGGUGGAGGAGGAGAAGGAAGACGAGAUACCACUGGAGGUAAUAGAGGAAGAUGAGGAGGAGAAGGAAGAUGAUAACCUCCAAGAGAAAUUAACACAAGAACAAGAGGAGAAAGAAGAAGAUAAGCAAAACAAGAUUCAAGAAGAAGAAAGGAGGAAGAAGGAAGAUGAUAAACAAAACAAGACUCAAGAAGAUGAAGGGAAGAAGGGAGACGAUAAGCCAAACAAAGUGACACAAGAACAUGAGGAAGAGGAGGAAGAUGAUAACAUCCCAAACAAAAUGCAAAAACAUGAAAAGGAGAAGGAACAUAAUACAUCAGUGGAAGUAAUAGAGGAAGAGAAGGAGGAGGACAUGCCACAUAAAGCACAAGAACAUGAGGAAGGAGGAGGAGGAGGCUGAUGAUGACCUCUAUGAAGUGACUGAGACACAAAUAAUGAAUGAAUUUAUAGAGAUGAAAAAAGAUGAUCAGCCUUCCUUGUCCUGUGAGGCUGUGGGCAGUGGCAAGGAGCAGAUGAGGAAGGAGGCCAGGGAGGAAGAGGAAGCAGAAGAGGAGGAGGAGGAGGAAGAAAA